AUGCACAUUAUCCUGAAAUUCCGUGGACCACCUAUAAGCUGGCACAGCUCACGUUCAUUCAUUCCCUCGCAAAAGUCGUUCGUUCGUCAUAAUAAUACUGACCUAUAUAAGCGCCUGGCCUCGUCCGACGCGCCCCAAGCUCUACCAAAGCGUCUUCGGGGAAAGGCGUGGCUUCGGUAUUCGGCAACGCUUCUAGCGCUCACUGGUGCAGGGUACUAUGCAUAUGAGAAUCACCAGCCCUCCCGGCAUGCUGUAUUGGCGACUUUACGGUGCUCGCGACUUGCGCAGGCUGCAAUAUCCGGAGCAAUUGAUUACAAGCGUACUCUUGCGCGCACCUAUGCUUCUGAGGAAGACAGACUUGAAGCAGUCUCCCAAUGUCAUAUUCGGAGCGCUACGAAGGUGCGGGAUGCUCUGUUGGUUAAUGGAGGCAUCUAUAUCAAACUGGGACAACAUGUCGCAUCAUUAAUUGUACUACCAAGGGAAUGGACCAGUACCAUGGCCCCGCUCCAGGACAGGUGUGACGCCACUCCAUAUGAGGAUGUUGCAGCACUGUUCCUAUCAGAUAUGGGACAACCUAUAAGCGAGCUUUUUGACAAUUUCGACCCGGUUCCUAUUGGUGUUGCAAGUUUGGCUCAGGUUCAUGUGGGAUAUCAUAAGCCAUCAGGCAAAAAGGUUGCAGUGAAGGUUCAACAUCCUCACCUGGUCGAGUUCUUCAACAUCGACAUGAACAUGGUCCAGUCUACUUUGGGCUGGAUCAAGUACUGGUUCCCGGAAUUUGAAUUUACCUGGUUGGGUGAGGACAUGCAGGAGAACCUCCCGAAAGAAAUGGAUUUUGUGCAUGAAGCCCACAAUACGGCUCAUGCGAUUGCUGAUUUUGACAAUGUCAAAACGUCAUUAUACAUACCCGAGGUCAUAUUUGCGAACAAACGAGUUCUCAUCAUGGAAUAUAUUCAAGGAGGCCGCGUAGACGACCUUGCAUACCUUGCAAAGCAUAACAUUGACAGGAAUAAAGUCGCGCUAGAGCUUACGCGAAUCUUCAAUCGAAUGGUGUUUAUGAACGGGUGGUUCCAUGCGGAUCCCCAUCCUGGUAACUUGUUGAUACGACCUGCUUCUAAAUCAUCCAAGUCGCCCUAUAAUUUUGAGAUCGCACUCUUGGACCAUGGACUGUAUUUUGAUCUUGAACGGGAACUUCGCGUGAACUACAGCAGGUUGUGGCUGUCGCUCAUUGCUGGCUCGUCGCCAAUUGUCGACGCUGACCGUCGGAAGUAUGCAGAAUUGGUCGGGAACAUCACAUCUGAUUUGUAUCCUGUUUUCGAGGCAGCAAUGACUGGCAAGCCCCUGCGCUGGCCGGCUGGCACCGAUGGUAUAAUUGAAGCAGAUGACGGACCCAAGAGCACCAUCUCGCGAGCCACAGGCAUGCCUGACAUGGCUUCUCAGACUGAGGAGAAAAUGGAACUCGAUCGUAAUACUGCUGCCCAAGGGGACAUAUUGGUAUCCGUACUCGAUGUCCUGCGCCGACUGCCUAGGCGCGUUGUGAUGAUCUUGAAGCUCAAUGACCUGGCGAGGCACUUGGAUCAUUCACUGGCAACAACUCAUUCGAGUGUCAGGAUAUUCCUCAUAACGUCAAAGUACUGUAUGAAGGCAGUAUGGCAAGAUGAGAAAAACCGCUUCCGUGAGGGCGGACUCGGGUUUGGAUCCUUCUUGGGCAGCGCUUGGGCGUUCGCAACUGGAUAUUCCAAAAUUACACUCAUCGAGUUCAUGAUGGAUUGGCAAGCUUCGCUGGUUAAGUCGAGCGCGUGGUUACGUGGGUUUUAUUCAAGAGGAUUAGCGGGAGCGCACGAUGCGGCAGCCGGUCUCUACUAG